AUGGAUGUUAAAAACCAGCUCCCUUCAUUCUACCGAAUAGUACCCAAUGAAGAGUAUCAGUAUGCAGGGAUUGCCCAGCUUCUUCUGCAUUUUCAAUGGACAUGGGUUGGAAUCCUUACAAUGGAUGAUUAUAAUGGAGACAAGUUUGUUAAGGCCUUAGUUCCAUUGCUUUUGAAGUAUGGGAUCUGUACAGCCUUCAAGGGGGAAAUACCAGCCAUAUCUCAUGCUUCAGAGACAUUCAUUUCAUUUGACUCCAUCUUGGGCAACGCCUUUUAUCUGUCCAAAUCCAGUGUUAAAGUAUUGGUUGUAAAUGCAGAAACAGUUACCAUUUCCUGUUUGACAAUUAUAAUAUAUACAUAUGCAGCAGUGGAAGAUAUAACAGCAACGUCUGUAGGAAAAGUAUGGAUUAUGACAGCCCAGUGGGAUUUCUCAGCAGAUACAGUGCACAGGACUUCAGAUAUGCAAGUCUUUGAUGGUGCCUUGACUUUUGCAAUACACUUAAAAGUAGUACCAGGGUUCAGAAAAUUUCUGCAAAUUCUCGAUCCUAAGUCACUGAAAGAGGAUGGAUUUAUUCAGUUCUUCUGGGAACAGGCAUUCAGUUGCUCAUUAUUUGAUUCUAAAGAUGAGGAGAAUAAUAAUAGUUGUACUGGUGAAGAGAAUUUGGAGAGCCUCCCUGGAACUCUUUUUGAAAUGAGCAUGACUGGCCAAAGCUACAGUAUCUACAAUGCAGUUCACUCCAUAGCACACAGUUUACAUACAAUGUACUCAACCAGGCAAAAAUACAGAGCAAUACCAGACAGAGGUCCUCCAAAAUUGCAACAUUGGCAGAUUCACUCUUUCCUGGGGAGAAUCUCCUUUAACAACAGUGCUGGUGACACAGUGUCUUUUGAUGAAAAUGGUGAAUUAGCAGCUGGAUUUGAUAUAAUAAACUGGGUUACUUUCCCAAAUCAAUCCUUCUUACGAGUGAAAUUUGGCUCCUUAACACAGAACACAGAUGAAUACAGGCAAGUUAUGGAACAGAUCCCUAACGUGUUAAAUAAAUACCAUAUAGAUGUACUUGAUAAACCACCAAAGGCAGCUCUGGUGCUAGGAAUUUUCAUCAAGCACAAGAACACUCCCAUCAUCAAAGCCAACAACCGGGAACUCACCUACUCUCUUCUCAUUUCCCUGAUGCUCUGUUUCCUCUGUUCUUUACUGUUCAUUGGCCGGCCUAACACAGUGACCUGCUAUUUACGACAAACUGCUUUUUCCAUCAUCUUCUCAGUGGCUAUUUCUUGCAUUCUGGCAAAAACUAUUACUGUGGUUUGGGCUUUCAUGGCCACUAAGCCAGGGUCCAGCAUGAGGAAGUGGGUGGGGAAAAGACUCACCAAUUCUGUUCUUUUUGGCUGCUCCUUUAUUCAAGUGAGUAUUUGUGCUAUAUGGCUCUGUACUGCUCCUCCGUUCCUACACUUUGACAUGCACUCUCUGGCUGAAGAAAUCAUAGUGGAAUGCAAUGAAGGAUCUGUCACUAUGUUUUAUGGUGUUCUGGGAUACCUGGGAUUCUUGGCUAUUGUCAGCUUCACUGUGGCUUUCCUAGCCAGGAAGUUGCCAGACAGUUUCAAUGAAGCCAGGUUCAUCACUUUUAGCAUGUUGGUCUUUUGCAGUGUUUGGUUGUCCUUUGUUCCUGCUUACCUGAGCACCAAGGGGAAAUAUAUGGUGGCUGUGGAGAUCUUUUCCAUCUUGGCUUCUAGUUCUGGGUUACUGUGCUGUAUUUUUGCUCCUAAAUGCUACAUAAUUAUCCUGAGGCCUUCCUUGAACAGCAGGGAACAACUAAUGAGACAUUUUUAG